AUGAUCCCCUCCCCCCCACUGCUGCACCCGCAGCAGGGGGAUGGAGGAGAAGGGGGGGGGGGCGGGGAGGGCUGGUACUGCAGAUCCCUUCCCGCCACCCCAAACCCCCCCCCUCCCCCCCCCCCCACUACUGCACCCGCAGCAGGGGGAUGGAGGAGAAGGGGGGGGGCGAGGGGCACUCACGAGGGGGUGCGAGGGGCACUCACGAGGGGGUGCGAGGGGCACUCACAAGGGGGUGCAAGGGGCACUCACGAGGGGGUGCGAGGGGCACUCACGAGGGGGUGCGAGGGGCACUCACGAGGGGGUGCGAGGGGCACUCACGAGGGGGUGCGAGGGGCACUCACGAGGGGGUGCAAGGGGCACUCACGAGGGGGUGCGAGGGGCACUCACGAGGGGGUGCGAGGGGCACUCACGAGGGGGUGGGAGGGGCACUCACGAGGGGGUGCGAGGGGCACUCACAUACCCGGUGCGAGGGGCACUCACGAGGGGGUGCGAGGGGCACUCACAUACCCGGUGCGAGGGGCACUCACGAAGGGGUGCGAGGGGCACUCACGAGGGGGUGCGAGGGGCACUCACGAGGGGGUGCGGGGCACUCACGAGGGGGUGCGAGGGGCACUCACGAGGGGGUGCAAGGGGCACACAUGA